AUGACCCGCCACCUAAUUCCCUCGCGCUUUACGACCGAGGAUUGCUCCUUUCGUCCACCCUCUACCCAAGAACCACCUCCAGGCACCAGUACGCGCCUUACUCGCUCCGCUGCUCGUGCUGCGACCCAGGACCUCGCUCUUCGUCCAGAUUCUACUCUGGUGCCUCAGCCUGACACCACUAGCCGCCAAAUUCGCUCCAGCUCCCGUGCUGCGACUCGGAAUUUCGCUAAAGUGCCUCUUCCAAGCACUACUGAGCGUCGUACUGGUGCCGCUUCCCGCAAGCGUCCACUCUUCACCCCACCUGCCUCCGACUCCGAAGCAGAGAUGGAAGCUAAAGACGAGGGCAAGUUGGUCAUCCAUCCCAACAUCGUCCCAAUCAUGGACGGUGCAACCAAGAAGCUCAUGGUCAAGGACCCUCGAUGCGUCAAGAGCAUGGACGUCGAGACUCCAGACGCCGACUCGACUGAGCAAGCUAAGCUCAAGAUCGCCUACGAUCAAGCUACUGCCGCCAAGAAAGCCGAGGCUGACCAGAUGGCUAUCGAGAAAACUGAAGUCGCUGCCAACGCCUCUGGUAGCGAUGGAGCAUCCGACACUGGAGUCUCUGAACAAGAAGCUGACAUUGAAGACGUUCAGUCCGAAUCCGAGGACGACUCUGAGCAAGAGUCUGAACAGGCUGAGGACUCUGAUGAGUCUAAGGACUCCGAGGAGAACUCUGAGGAGGACGCGGAUGGGGUUGCUGGUAAGCGCACCGAGCAGCACACCGAGGAGGGCUCGGAUGCCGAAACCGUUGAGCACACCAAUGAGGAUACUGAUGAAGACUCUGUCGAGGACUCUGAUAAGAAUACCGAUGAGGACUCCGACGAGGAUGCCGACGGUGACUCCGAUGGCGACACCGAUGAAGAGACUAGUAAGAAUGCCAAAGAGACUAACGACAUCAAGAAGGCUCAGGUCGCCAAUGUGGUCAAGGCCUCCAAUGGCAAACAACAUUACGAAACCUGUCCUUACACUGGUAAGAAGUUCAAGGUGGUUGAAUGGGAACCAAAUUGGCUGCCAGGCCAGCCUCAUAAUGGUCGCCUUCACCCUGAGUAUUACCUGUGCCCCAAGGAGGAGAUUGAGCCUUGGUUCAAGGAAAAGAGCAUCAUGAACAAGAUCUGCGACUACAUCAUGCCAGCCAACAAAGUUGUUCCCUUGGAAAACACCAUCGUCAACGACGUGAAUCAAGCCAAGGUUGAUACCACCAAGUACCCCGAGCAAGACCGCCAGGCCAUUAAGGACAUGAUGAGCAUCAUGUACGUGCACAGAGCUAGCCACUACACCUUUGGUCAGAUCUUGUACCCACAGCUCCACUUUGAGUUGUACAAGUCCAGCCCUCUAAACGGCUUCAUGGACAAUAAGCGCCUCCACAAGUUCGGAACAGGCUUCAUAACCUGCGGUGACCUCAUCCAAUCUAUCACCAUCCAUGACUCGUUCAAGCAGCCUUUCAAAGCGUGGGUCGACGACUUCGCUCAGCUCGAACGUAACCCCUACACUGGUUUCAUGCCGCUUCGACACCUCCAAGAAAUCAUCAUCACUGGAUUACCUGCCAGUAAGGACCCUGCCGUCAGUGGUUCUCGUUAUAUGCCAAGUGCGCUCGAGAAGCUGCGUGCGGUCUGCGGCAACUACGAUACCCGCGUCUUCGACAUCUGUGUUAUCGAGAAGGAUGCAGCGGCGUCGCAGGAUACUGUCACAGUCCGACUCACGAAGGCGAAACCCGCUAUCCCUGCAUUCGGCCUCGAUGAUAAUCUGGAGGAGAAGUUUGACCCUAGUGCCGAGAUGAAGAAGUACCGCGCUGCUCUCCAGAGAAACCGUGAGGCUGCUGACACCACUGCGGCUGCCAACAACACAGUCGCUGUCGAUGACGCCGCGGAUGGAAGCGACGCUGCGUCCCCCACCAAGAAGCGCGCUGCUUCCGGCGAGGUGGCUCCCCAGCUCAAAAAGUCUCCCAAGAAGUCCCAGGGCAGUAUCCGCGGCCGUCGCAAGUCCGAUGAGACUGAAGCGACCGAGUCUGAUUCCGAAUCUGAUUCUGAUUCUGACUCCGACUCCGACUUCGAGCCCGAGUCUUGA